AUGCUUCGUAAACGAGUGCGACCAGUUCGCCGAAACGGUGCAAUUCUCGCUUCGUAUGAGAAUAAUUAUAAUUUCUCAUUGCCUGCACUUAUUAUUAACAUUAUCGUCGUGAAAAAAAGCGAUUUGCUCAAAUCGCUCCGGUUUCCUCUUUUGGGCACAUCACUCACCACUGAUUGGGUCCGUUUGCGCAUCGCUAAUCAUUGGGUUGGCUUCGCUGCCAACAAAAUUAAGGCUAUUACAUGUAAUAAUAGAGGAGCGCAUAUUGCGCAUAUAUGCAAAAUGAAUGGCGAACCUUAUAUUCUCGGUCCACAAAUUUCUGGAAAGAAAGAGGGGCCAAAAACCUUUGCUAUUCCGAAAAAGGAAAAAAUUUCUUCAAAUUUUUUUUGUUGUUCCUUUGAACUUUUUGAAUUGACUGUUACAGGCAUAUCGUUACAGCGCUUUUCAACGGGAAUUAGCUUGGACCAAAUCAGUUUUUAA